AACAAUUAAUUGAUGAGCACAUAAAGAAGUAAACUGAGGUGGGAAAAUGAUAAAAGUGAAGUUGAAUCUUUUAAUGGUAUCCAUGUUGUUGCUAACAAAUACAGUCAGUGCAUCGUUUAAGAAAAAGAACUCAAAGGCUCAAUGUUCAGCAAGCUGUGGAAUUCCCGGGGUUCCAGGAGUUCCUGGUGUACCUGGAGCAGCCGGACGAGACGGUUUAAAAGGAGACGUAGGAUCUAAAGGAGAAAAAGGUGAACGAGGUAAUCCUGCUCCUCCGUUGAAAAAUGACAUGAGCCAUUCAAGCUGGAAACAAUGUGCUUGGAAAAGAAACGAUGGUAAAGAUCAUGGAUUAAUUCAGAAUUGUGUAUUCACAAAAAAGUUUGACAACACUUCCCUUCAAGUGUUUUAUGGAGGAACCUUGCGAACUUAUGGGUGCCAUGCUUGUUGCAAACGUUGGUAUUUUACUUUCAAUGGAGUUGAAUGUAAAAACCCUCUUCCUAUUGAUGGAGUUCUUUACAUGGCGAAUGUAAAGUCACAAGAUAUCCAUCGACAUCGUCACAUUGAAGGAUAUUGUAACAAAAUUCAUAAAGGAAAAGUGCAAGUUGGAUUCUGGGUCGGCAAUUGUCCUGGUUAUGCUAACGCAGAUGCAUUCAGUGGAUGGAAUUCAGUUUCUCGUAUUGUUAUCAAAGAGGUUCCUCCUCCACAAGAAUAAUUCCUUUUGCAUGUUGUCUUCUUGUUAAUCAGUAUUAAAUGAUUACCUUCUAGUUUUCUUUCGUUUUUGACUAUAUUGUACAUCUAGUAUGGAACAUACAUUUUACAAUCGUAUACAUAUAUUGCAAUCUAUAAUCGCUAAACUACCAAAAAUGGAGACUUCCUUAGAGAGAAAAAUAGGAAUAGUUCAUAUGGUUUGGUAUUUGCUGUCAUCCACUUACAAGGUCUUGUUUCUUUACUAUCACUUUCAUACAAUAUAUGUUGACUCAUUUGGAAGUCAUUUCAAAUUAUUUACAAAAAGCUUAGUACUCAGGUCAACCAUCUGAGCCUUAGUCAAAAACUGA